UCGACCGCCGUAUCUUGUGGCGAGCGCACAGAUCGACGUAGCGCUUAGGCAUGGCACUCAAACUGCUUAUACUCCUCGCGUUCUGCCAAGCGAUAACCGCCCUAAAGUACCCGUGCACAAACCACAAAACGAUAGCGUUACUAAAACGACCAACUUACGACUUUUCGAUCGGAAUCCUCCAGAGAGUCGCCGAGGAGACGAAUGACAAUUUCGUGUUUUCGCCUCUCUCCAACUGGCUGCAGCUGAUCGCGCUCUCCGAGGGCGCCAAAGGACGGACUCUGAAGGAGCUAUGGCGCGUCACCCGGUUCCACAUGAGGAACUGUUUCAAACGCGAACUAGGGAAGAUCAUGAGAAACAUCGAAACAGAUCUGAAAUUCGAAACGAAAGAAACAAAUGUCAUCGUUAUCGACAAGCUGAUGAAUGUGAAACGAAAAUUCCUGCGCAGCAUAAAACAGUUGUACGGAGUUAAAGCUGCACUAUUAGAUUUCAACAGUCCAGAGAAGUCGGCGAUCAAAGCCAACAAAAUGAUCGAGCAGGCCACGAACGGGAAGAUAUCCGAAGCCUUUUAUUACGACGACUUCCUAAGCACAGUGCUGUUAAUGAGUGACGCUAAAUACUUCGAUUCCUUCUGGAAGAGCCCGUUUAACGCGGCCUACACGAGAAUGGAGCCCUUUUAUUCAAAAAACGGCUUGAAGAUCGGUGAAGUGGCCAUGAUGAAUCAAAUAGGCUACUUCAACAUUACUUAUUUCCCUCUGAUCAAAGCUGACGUGCUCGAGCUUCCUCUGUCUGCGGGCCAGUACUCCAUGCUGAUAUUCCUACCCGAAAAAAACACGUGGGUCAAGGAGAUAUUUUACUCACUGGAAGCGACAAGGUUGACGUCUCUGUUCAAUGUCUACAAGAACGAAGGCCUCAAAUUGGUCAAUGUAAAGCUACCUAAGUUCAAAAUUAGCACCGAAAUUGAGAAUCUACCUGAGUUGCUCGUUGAUAUGGGCAUCGAGAGAAUCUUUAGCCCGGACUCGGCUGAGUUUGGGGGCAUCAGUGACUACAAAAUCUAUGCGUCCUUGAUGACGCAAAUCUGUGAGAUUUCCGUGACCGAGAAAGGUGUUAAGGCUCACGGAACCGCCGAGUUCAUCAUCAGUGGAAAUGAGACAUUAAUGUUUAAUGCGAACCGGCCCUUCGCUUAUAUGAUAGUGGAAAGGAAAACUGAAUUCAUUUUGUUUUCCGGAACGUACGCUGUACCUUAUUCAUAAAAUUGUCGUGUGAUAAAAAUGUACAACUUGUGUGUUAACAACUAAAGUUUAUUUUAAAAGUCGUUUAUUCCGAACGCUCGGUUUAUUAUUUAUGUUAUUGUUGCGUAAAGCUAGUGUUGGACUGUAAGUAUUAUUUUUUUGUUACUAUAUUAUUUAUCAUCACAAAGUUUUUGUGUUUUUUUUUUUUUAUGUGAACUUACAACCUUUCGUACCUAGUGUAGAUAAAGAAUACUUAAAUUUUUUUUAUUUAAAAAACAAUUGCGUUUUUAAAUUAGUUUUCCUCGUAGUAUUUCGUUGUUUAGUUUUCUAUUUAUGACAGAAACAUGUGUUACUAAUUUUUUAAAAGCUUACUUUUUACAUUAAUAUUUUCACAUUCCAUUAUCAUUUUGCGCCAACGUAAAUCAUCAGGUUCACUUUUAGCAAAGUCGCUUUAGAGUUGAUAAAAUCUAGUUUUUCAUUAUCUUGAACUCACUAAUUCUGAGUUAACUAUUUUAAAUAAAUUACUCACAGAAAAAGUAUUCUAAAAUUGUCUUUUUAUAUCUAAAUAAACUAAAUAUUUAUUUAUUAAACUUUUAUUUAUGUUUUUUUUUUAAAUAUUAAGAGAUUGUAGAUUUUAAUAUUGAUGUAUCCUUUUUACGAUAUGGAAGGGAAAAAUCAGAAAGAAAACGCAAGAAUAACAUAUUGAAAAAUAUUUAUUAAACAUUAAAUAAUUUAUUCAUUUUGAAAUAUCUCAUUUUAUGACUAGGAAGACGAUGGCAGUCUUGUUUAUUUUUAACAAUAAAAUAUAUUCAUGUACAAUGCUACUGCUUAAAAAUAUAUCCUUAUAGUAUUUUCUUCGGGAUUCGCCGGUAGUAGAUGCAAUUAAAACUAAUUUUACGGAAAACUAAAGCCGCGAAAACUGUUAUGAAUUUGCAAUAUCGGAAAUAAUGCAGUAGCUAAAAAAAUCGCGAGUUCAAACGAACCGUAAAAGUAUUUUUAAUUAGAUUAAUUAGAUUUUUAUGAAAUAAGUGUCUUUGUUUGCAUUUAAACAUAAACAAGAUAGUAUAAUUGAAGAUAUAAUAUCUAAUUUAUUUCUUUAUAAUGCCACUAUUGACUGCCUUGUCCAAUAAUGUGAAUGACCGUUUUUUUCUUCUUCUGAAAGUCAAUGUACCUUCGUAAACUAAAAAACAAUUGAAAAUAAUUACUGUUGUCUUCAAUUAAUAAUUGUCCAAUUAAAUUAUCUUCUACAUUAAACUACAAAAAAUAUCUAUUGACACGGUGACUGAUGUAAAUAUUGGCCCACGUUCAAAGGCACGUAAGGAUCUUCGAAAGAUUAUCUAGCCUAGAUAUAAUUACACCGUACCUCUCAUAAAUCAAGUUUACAGUUAAAACCGAACGGUUCAACACUCUUAAAAUAAUACACAUAAAAUGUUUAUAAACAUUAACACUAAACCAGUGUUUAGUGAAGUUAAUCUAUCAUAAAAUACAGUACUUAUUAGAAUAAUCAGUUAUUAUUUGGAAUAGCUUGGUAAUGCAAUACAUCUCGCUAAGAAUUAUAAUUAUUUGUAUGGUUUUCUACCUUUAGAGCUCAAAGCUCACAGAACACUCGCCCUGAAGCUCACAGGGAGAAGGUGUCCGAAUUCUAUAUCCCACAUUAGAUUACUGUAAUGGGCAACAUGACAUAUAAUUCAAUUAUCUAAAUCGUAGUCACUAAUCUAAGAAUUGUAAAAUUUUUUGGCAAGCUAAACAAGAGUCCAAAGCAUCUGAGGUAAAUCAUGGUUGAUUGUUGAACAUGAUCUGUCAUAGUUGAUUUUAGCCCCAAAUGACGUCACUCAUAAUUAAAUAUGAAGCGAUUUCGGCUAAGUGCAGUGGAGUAUUGUAAAGUUUGCGAUGCGUUUUUUGAAAUAAAAUAAAUAAAUUCUGUCUUGUUUCCUAUUACAGAAUCCUUUACAUGAUUCGAAGAGCCUACGAUGUAUUAUUGUAUUAAAUUAAUCUCUUAGUUUUAAUCUUUAUUUAUUAUAAUAGGCAAUUCUACGUCACUAGCGUUACUUAAUCUUAAACAAUAAUUAUUAAUAAUAAUUAAUAACAAACCCCUAAAUUGAGGCAUAAAAAUUAAAAUAACAUUCACAUUGUAGUAACAUUAUAAUAUAAAA